GCUCGAGAGAAGCUGCAGAGAAACUUCAGCAGGUUUAAUCAGUGUGAACUGCAGAGAGAGAAGAAGAUGAUGAUGAUGAUGGAGAGCACGGUGGUGUACGAUAACGGGUACGGACAGGAGGAGGAAUACAUGGUGCAGGAGGAGGAGUGGGACCGGGACAUGCUGCUGGACCCCGCCUGGGAGAAACAACAGCGAAAGACGUUCACCGCGUGGUGUAACUCCCACCUGAGGAAAGCUGGCACUCAGAUCGAGAACAUCGAGGAGGACUUCAGGAAUGGCCUGAAACUCAUGCUGCUGCUCGAAGUCAUCUCAGGAGAGCGGUUAGCCAAACCCGACCGAGGAAAAAUGCGCUUUCACAAGAUCGCCAACGUCAACAAAGCUCUGGAGUUCAUCACCAGCAAAGGAGUGAAGCUCGUCUCCAUCGGCGCUGAAGAAAUUGUGGAUGGGAAUGUGAAGAUGACUCUUGGAAUGAUCUGGACCAUCAUCCUGAGAUUUGCCAUCCAAGACAUCUCUGUAGAAGAAACCUCGGCUAAAGAAGGCCUGCUGCUGUGGUGCCAGAGGAAGACGGCGCCCUACAGGAACGUAAACGUACAGAACUUCCAUGUCAGCUGGAAGGACGGCCUGGCGUUCUGCGCCCUCAUCCACCGGCACAGGCCCGACCUAAUCGACUUCAGCAAACUGAACAAGGAUGAUCCUCUGGGUAACCUGAACCUGGCGUUUGAGGUCGCAGAGAAGCACCUUGAUAUUCCUAAAAUGCUGGACGCAGAGGACAUCAUAAACACCCCAAAACCUGAUGAGAGAGCCAUAAUGACCUACGUGUCGUGUUUCUAUCACGCUUUUGCUGGAGCUGAGCAGGCUGAAACUGCAGCUAAUCGGAUCUGUAAGGUGUUGGGGGUGAAUCAGGAGAACGAGAAGCUGAUGGAGGAAUACGAGAGAUUAGCCAGCGAGUUGUUGGAGUGGAUCAAGCGCACGACUCCGUGGUUGGAGAAUCGACUUUCGGAGAAGUCCAUGUCUCUGAUGCAGCGCAAGCUGGAGGAUUUCCGUGAUUACCGGCGCGUUCACAAGCCACCCAAGGUCAUGGAGAAGUGCCAGCUGGAGAUGAACUUCAACACGCUGCAGACCAAACUGCGCAUCAGCAACCGGCCGGCGUUCAUGCCCUCCGAGGGCAAGAUGGUGUCGGACAUAGCGAGUGCUUGGCAGGGACUGGAGCAGGCCGAGAAAGGCUACGAGGAAUGGCUGCUGACUGAAAUCCGCAGACUCGAGAGGGUCGAUCACCUGGCCGAAAAGUUCCGCCAGAAAGCCACCACUCAUGAGAGCUGGACCACCGGUAAAGAAGAAUUCCUGACUCAGAAGGACUAUGAGUCGGCCUCGCUGAUGGAGGUUCGAGCCUUGCUGAGGAAGCACGAGGCCUUCGAGAGCGACCUCUCGGCCCAUCAGGACAGGGUGGAGCAGAUCGCCGCCAUCGCACAGGAGCUGAAUGAGUUGGACUAUUAUGACGUGGCAGCGGUGAAUCAAAGGUGCCAAAGUAUCUGCGAUGUUUGGGACAAGCUAGGCACCCUCACCCAGAAGCGCAGGGAGGCGCUGGAGAGAACGGAGAAACUGCUGGAGACGGUGGAGCAGUUGUUCUUGGAGUAUGCGAAGAGAUCUGCUCCCUUUAAUAACUGGAUGGAGGGAGCCAUGGAGGACCUGCAGGACAUGUUCAUAGUGCACACCACUGAGGAAGUCCAGAGUCUCAUCGCGGCACAUGAGCAGUUUAAAGCCACUCUCCCGGAGGCCGACGUGGAGAGGCAGGCCAUCCUGGGCAUCCAACAGGAAGUGCAGAAGAUCUUCAACAGCUACGGGAUUCGCGGCGAGCUCACCAACCCGUACAGCACCAUCACCACCGAGGAGCUCCUCAUCAAGUGGGACAAGGUGAAGAAGCUGGUUCCUCAGAGAGACGGUGCUCUGCAGGAGGAGCAAGCACGGCAGCACGCCAACGAGAGGCUCCGACGCCAGUUCGCCGCCCAGGCCAACAUCAUCGGGCCCUGGAUCCAGAGCCACAUGGAGGAGAUCGGACGCUGCUCGGUGGAGUUCGGUAGUACGUUGGAGGAUCAGAUGACCCAGCUGAAGCAGUGCGAGCAUGUGAUCGUCACCUACAAGCAGAACGUCGACAAACUAGAGGAGGACCACCAGAUGAUCCAGGAGAACCUCAUAUUCGAUAAUAAACACACAAGCUACACCAUGGAGCACAUCCGUGUCGGUUGGGAGCUGCUCCUGACCACCAUCGCUCGCACCAUCAACGAAAUCGAGACCCAGAUCCUGACCCGUGACGCCAAGGGAAUCAGCCAGGAGCAGAUGAAGGAUUUACGAUCCUCCUUCAAACACUUUGACCGGAAGAAGAACGGUGCAAUGGACACCGAUGACUUCAGAGCGUGUCUCAUUUCGAUGGGCUACGAUCUGGUAGGAAAUGUCUAUCCAUUACACAGUGAAAACCAGACAACAGAGCUGAUCGUUCUCCAGGUUAAAAUGUGUGUGUGUGUGUGUGUGUGUCAGGGUGAGGUGGAGUUUGCCCGCAUCAUGAUGCUGGUUGAUCCAAACUCUACCGGAAUUGUGACCUUCCAAUCCUUCAUCGACUUCAUGACCAGAGAGACUGGGGAUACAGACACUGCAGACCAAGUGGUGGCGUCUUUCAAGAUCCUUGCUGGGGACAAGCCGUACAUCCUGAUAGACGAGUUGAGGAGGGAGCUUCCUCAUGACCAGGCCGAAUACUGUAUCUCCAGGAUGCCACCCUACCAUGGUCCCGAUGCUGCACCCGGUGCCCUCGACUAUACCGCCUUCUCCACCGCCCUGUAUGGUGAAAGUGACCUCUAACUUCACCCCCAAGCUUUCAAAUCUCCUUCCACAAGGGCUGCAGCACACCAACGAAUAAUAAUGCAAGAAAAGUAUAUUCAUUUGCUAAAAAAUGUCACGUUUUAGGAUCAUAUUUAAAAUGGAAUAGAAUGUUUUGCAGUUUUGAAAGAAACUAACCAAACACGACGUAAUUUAUGUACCUUUUAGAAAGUAACUUAUAUAGAUUUGAUUACUGUGUUAAACAAUCACACAAGUCUGUAUUACCAGUAAUGGAAAUAAAAGCUGUGUGAACACGAUGAUGAGUGGAUUGGUUUAGCACUUUACUAUGUUAGCAGCUUACAAUGACAGUAACCUGAUGAGUGUGAAAAUACAUGUGAAGUUAAUAUUGGGUUGAUCAAAGAGCAAGUUAAAAAUGAAGUUAAAUGUAUAGAUUAUAAUAGUGUUAUUAUUAUAAUCAUUCACAUUAAUGUAUAAUUAACAGAUAGUUACAUACUGUAUUAUUACUGAAACAUCUGGCAAAACUAUUUGAAGUAAAACUCAAUUUAAAAAGAUA